UUGAUAUUUGGUUCCGAUGAGCGUAGCCGUCAUUUUCUCGAAAACAUCCGCUCAUAUAAUGCAAUGUUUGCAUUCACUUCUAUGGGAGGAAAACAAGACAAAGAGAUCAAUCAAGGGAAAACGCCACCAAUAUUUCGAAUAAAUGGACAAAACUACCAUAGAAUUGGUAGCCUUCUUCCAAGGGACGGUGGUCAACCCAAAUUUUUGCAGAUGUACUUAUGUGAUCCAAGUGAAGAAACCUCAAAUAGACUUAAAGCUGUCAGGAGUGAGGGUGGUACAAAAUUGCAUGAUGCAUUGGUGUCGGAGUUGACACAUAUGCUCGACACGUACAAUGUUCAUGCACAGUCAUUUAGGAUGGCAAGGGAUAGAUUUAAUGCAUCAAACUCCAUGACAUUGAAAAUGAGACUUAUUGGGAAAAGGAGUUCAGAGGGACGCACGUAUAAUACUCCAAGCGUAUCUGAAGUAGCAGCUUUAAUUGAGGGGGACUUUGACGUGAAUAGAAAAGAGAGAGAUGUUGUCCUUCAAACAAAAUCUGGUGCAUUUCAGUUUGUCACUGAAUUGAACCCUUCCUUUUUAGGCUUACAAUACCCACUACUAUUUCCUUACGGCCAAGAUGGCUUUAGAGAAGACGUUCUGUUGACACGUGCAAUAGAGGAUAACAAUAUCAACGGAGGAAGAAAAUUUGUUACUAUGAAAGAUUUUUUUUCAUACAGGUUGCAGGAACGCAAAGGUGAAACCCCAUAUCUAUUGAGAUGUCGAAGGUUGUUUCAGCAGUUUGUAGUUGAUGGAUAUACAAUGAUCGAGUCAUAUCGAUUGCAAUACAUAAGAUUCCAUCAGAAAGAGAUUCGGAGUGAAUUGUACAGCGGUUUAGCAGAUGCUGUUGUUCGAGGGGAAACGAGUGCAUCUAGGACGGGCCAGCUUAUUGUUCUUCCUCCUACGUUCAUUGGUAGUGCGCGUUACAUGAUGCAAAAUUACCAAGACGCUAUGGCUAUAUGCCGAUGGGCAGGGUAUCCACAACUUUUCAUCACAUUCACUUGCAAUCCGAGAUGGCCAGAAAUUAUUCGCUUCGUUGAGAACAGAGGGCUCCAUCCAGAUGAUCGCCCCGACAUCCUUUGUAGGAUCUUUAAAAUCAAGUUGGAUUUGCUCAUUAAAGAUCUAAAACAAAAUAAGUUGUUUGGGGACGUGAAAGCAGUUGUAUAUACAGUGGAAUUUCAGAAGCGUGGUUUGCCGCAUGCCCACAUAGUUUUGUGGCUGUCUCAGAAGAAAGGAAUUACGUGUGCCUCAGAUAUUGACAAAAUCAUAUCUGCUGAGAUUCCAGAUGAGUGUUCAGACCCUGCUCAUUACAAUGCGGUCAAAGAGUUUAUGAUCCAUGGACCUUGCGGCCAUCUUAAUAAGUCUUCGCCGUGUAUGGAUAAAGGUAAAUGCACGAAGCAUUUUCCAAAGAAGUUCAACGAACGCACUAAAAUGGAUAAAAGUGGAUAUCCUAUCUACAGGCGGAGAAACAAUGAAAGACGCAUCGUGAAGAAUGAUUGUCAUCUAGACAAUAGAUACGUAGUCCCACACAACCGUUAUUUGUUGCUCAAGUAUGGUGCACACAUUAAUGUUGAAUGGUGCAACCAGUCACGAGCGGUGAAGUAUCUAUUCAAAUACAUCAAUAAAGGUGAUGAUCGAAUCACAAUCGCAUUCUCUGAGGCGGCAGAUAGCUCUAAGCAGCAUAAAAUCGAUGAGAUCAAUAUGUACUAUGAUUGUCGGUACAUCUCUGCUUGCGAGGCUGCUUGGAGGAUUUUCGGAUUCCACAUACACUAUAGGGAUGUGCCAGUUGAGCAUCUUAGUUUUCAUCUGCCUGGCGAGCAAAAUGUGUAUUAUAGUGCAGAUAAAUCUGUCCGAGACGUCCUAUCGAAUCAUAUGAUUCACGAGACAAAAUUUACUGCAUGGAUGAGAGCAAAUCAAGUAUACCCCGAGGCCAGAAAGUUGACAUAUGUGGACUUCCCUAGCAAAUUUGUGUGGAAGAAAAACAUUAAACAGUGGGUGGAAAGACAACGAGGUUUUGCGGUUGGACGUGUCUACUUCGUUCGCCCUGGAGCAGGUGAAAAAUACUACUUACGCACCCUAUUAAACUGCGUAAAGGGACCAAGAAGUUUUGAGGAGUUAAAAACAGUUGACGGCAUAUUAUAUCCCACGUUUAGAGAUGCUUGCUAUGCUCGGGGAUUGCUUUUAGACGACAAUGACUACAUUCAUGCAAUCACCGAGGCAGGUCUUUGGUCAACCGCACCUUCAUUGCGUGAAGUGUUUGUCACUCUACUUAUUGCGGGCGCACUGUCAAAGGCGGACUUGGUAUGGGAGAAAUGCCGCCAGUAUUUCUCAGAAGACAUAUUGUACAAUAUGAGAAGGACACUGAACGAUCCAGAGCACGAAAUGGAUGAUGGGGAGAUAGAGAAAUACUGUUUGGUGGAGAUAGAGAAAAUUCUCCAGCUACGAGGAAGAUCAUUACGUGACUUUGUUGUAAUGCCAUUGCCUCCUGACUCAUACAUGCCUUCGAUGGAAGAUGUUCUCAUUAAUGAGGAAAUGAAAUAUGAUAAAUGUGCUUUGAUUGAGGAGCAUGAAAGUUUGAUGGCUGAUAUGAAUGAUGAGCAACAUGCUAUAUAUGAGGAAAUCUUGAAAUCUGUACACAGAAAAAGUGGCGGUGUAUUUUUCGUGUAUGGAUAUGGUGGUACUGGAAAAACAUACUUGUGGCGGACUUUGUCUGCGGCGCUCAGGUCCAAGGGGCAAAUAGUACUCAAUGUGGCAUCCAGCGGUAUUGCAUCACUGCUUCUACCAGGAGGAAGGACCGCACACUCCAGAUUUGCCAUUCCACUGGAUGCAACAGAAGAUUCUACAUGCCACAUAAAACAUGGAAGCCCAUUGGCGAGGCUCCUCGAACGUACAAGGUUGAUCAUUUGGGAUGAAUCGCCGAUGACACAUAGGUUUUGCUUUGAAGCACUUGAUCGUAGCAUGAGAGAUGUCCUUCGCUACUCACAUGAUUGUGAUUCUACCAUGCCCUUUGGUGGGAAGACAGUCGUCUUUGGCGGGGACUUCAGGCAAAUAUUGCCUGUCAUUCCAAAGGGCACAAGACAAGACAUUGUGCAAGCGGCUUUGAAUUCAUCAUUUUUGUGGACAUACUGCAGGGUCUUGAAGUUGACAAAGAAUAUGAGACUCGGGCGUGUGGGAGGAACAUCUUACACAUUAGAGAUUCAAAACUUUGCCGAGUGGAUAUUGAAGAUUGGAGAUGGAGACUUAGGGGACUGUGAUGAUGGAGAAUCAAUGGUUGACAUCCCUGAAGAAUUUAUUGCUCCUAUGACGGAUGAUCCAAUUGAAGCUAUUGUUAAGAUCACCUAUCCCGAUUUUGAAAUGCACUGUAAUGAUGUUUCUUAUUUGAAUUCAAGGGCAAUUCUUGCGCCAACAAUUGAUGAGCGUGACAUGAUCAACGAUUACAUGUUGGGAUUGACUCCAGGUGAGGUAAAGACAUACUUAAGCUCAGAUUCAGCAUCAUCUUCUGACUCAGACAGUGCACUCCUUCAAGAGAUCCACUCUCCCGAAUUUCUCAAUACCAUUAAAUGCUCUGGUGUGCCAAGCCAUGAGCUGAAGCUCAAAGUGGGUGCACCUGUGAUGCUAAUGAGGAAUAUUGAUCAUUCCUCCGGAUUGUGUAAUGGCACUCGCCUAAUCAUCACUAAACUUGGAACACAUAUUCUCGAGGCUCAGAUGAUGUCUGGAACAAAUGCAGGGAAAAGAUUUCUUAUUCCGAAGCUUAGCUUGACUCCAUCUGACCUCAAGCUGCCGUUCACAUUUCAGCGUAGACAGUUCCAUUUGAUGCUUAGUUACGCGAUGACAAUUAAUAAAAGUCAGGGCCAGUCUUUGGAGAGGGUUGGUGUUUUCUUACGUCGCCCGGUAUUCACCCAUGGACAACUUUACGUCGCGGUCUCAAGAGUGACGUCCCCGUCUGGGUUGAAAUUUGUUAUAUGUGAUGAUGAUGGAAAACCGGCCAAGAAGACUAUAAAUGUGGUUUACAAAGAAGUAUAUAACAAUUUGUAAUUUUUUUAUA